AUGACACGAUAUUUCAUUUUCCCACUUUCCCUGCUGUUGAUAUUGACCCCGUGUUCCUCAAUACAAUCUCUUCGUUUGGAUGUGACUGAUUUUGGAGCUGUGGGAGAUGGAAUAACGGAAGACACAGAAGCCAUUCAACAGGCGAUUCAGCAUCCCACUGACCAACACAAGACUGUGAUUUUGCCUGCCAACAAAACCUUUCUUUCCGCACCGUUGAAUCUGACAAGCAACAUGAUUUUUCAAGUAGAUGGAACAUUGAAUGCCAUUGUCAAUACAACUCUGGACUUUGAUAGCAAAUGGCCGCAAUUGCCACCUUUGCCCAACUAUGCAUCUGGGGAAGACAAUGGUCGCUAUUUGCAAUACCAAUCCUUUCUAUAUGCGCACUCAGCCACCAAUCUUACCAUUCAAGGAACAGGCACUAUUGAUGGCAAAGGUCAAUGGUGGUGGUAUGCCUUUCAGCACUUGAGUCACACACUUCCAGCAGGACGCCCCAACUUGGUACAGAUUGUCAACUCGACUAUGAUUGAGUUGAAAGGAGUGACAUUGCAGAAUUCUCCCUUUUGGACCAUCCAUCCCGUCCUUUGCGAUCAGGUACACAUUCAUCACAUCAAGAUUCGAGCUCCAAUGUAUGCCCCAAAUGUGGAUGGAGUCGAUCCGGACUCUUCCUCCAAUGUCCUGAUUGAAAACAACGAUAUUUCUUGUGGGGACGAUCACAUUGCCGUCAAGUCUGGUCGAUGUGGAUUGGGAAACUCUUGGAUUGAUGGACUCAAAUGCCAAGAGGAUCCGAGAUUUGCCUCUGGGAUCUUUCUCAUGUCCAAUUUGACGAUACGAUACAACAUUUUUCGAAUUGGCAUGGGAAUUGCCUUGGGGAGUGAAAUCAGUGGGGGUGUGGAAAAUGUAGACAUUCAUCACAAUGAAAUUGGAGUCUGCGAACAUGGGCAUGAUAAUCCAGAUCGGUCCUGUGGUUGGGGACAUGCAUUUCACAUCAAGACUACACUGACACGAGGCGGCUACUUUCGAAAUGUGCGGUUUGCCAACAAUAUCGUGUACAACAAUACAGGUUUUGUGUUUAUUGAGACGGAUUACCAAUCCAGUCAUCAAGUACCACCGCCUUAUCCGACUACACAAAUCAAGAACAUUUCGAUUAUUGGCAAUUCAGCCAUUGGAAUGGCACAUGCUGUGACUAUUGGAUGCUCCAAGUACAUGCCAUGUGAGGAAGUUACAGUUUUGGACAAUUGGAUCGCGAAUGUCCCUGCGGACCAAAAUCCUUACCAAUGUUCGAAUGUGACUACCUACACAGAGGCGCGAAACUUUCCUCCUGGACUUGGGGAUUGCCUUCACAAUUCCAAUGCAAUGCAACACGUCCUUGACAGACAAGAAGAAGAAGAAGAAGAGGUAUCGCCAAUCUGA